GGAAGUUCCCUACCUUGUAGCAAAGGAAUCACAUUUGAGGGCACGAGGUGGGCAGAUCAGGAGUAGGACAGAAGUGUAGCUGCUGCGUGUACAGGUUUGUAACUCUGAGUCAUUUCAUGCUCUCAGUAGUGGCUCACAGAUCUCUAAAGCUACAGGCAGUGUGUGCUGUUUUUCCAUUGCUUAGGCAGCACUCUUCCAGCUUCUUUUCCCUUAUUCCACCCUUUAUCUCCUCCCACCCGUGAGACUGAAAACCGCUAGGCAAGGAUUCUCAGAAUAGGUAGAUGCCCACUCCCCCAUGUGCUCGUGUGUUGCCGGGAAGCUACGGGUGUGCAGCGUGGGAGGAGAGCAGAGCAGAGAUGAGAUGAGAGGCAGGCAGCAGGCGCAGCUGGAGCACAGGUAGCCUGGGCUACUAGGAGCCACUGCCCUGAAUUGAGAUGCUUCAGCAGGGACCCUCAGAAUAACAAAAAAGAGCCAGAGAAUGUGUGGCUGGGAGAGGGCAAUUUGGCUCUGAGGUUCCCAGCAGCCUGGACUUGUUGCUACUGCUCUAUCUGCUCUCUGUCUCUUGGCUGGAGCCAUCUCUGUGUUGCUCCAUCUCUCAGUGCUGGUGCCCUACCUUCUCUCAGUGCAGCUCUAGUCCUGCCAUUCAGCAGCUGCUUUCCCUUCCAGGCCCCUGCUGCUCUCCUGGGACACGUGUCUUAUCGAGGAGCGUGGGGAACUUGGGUUCUUUAUGCCCCUGGGACUCCUGAAGCAGUGAGGCCCAUUAUGCAAACCAGUCACAGGGGCAAUAUCUGACUUGUACUGUCUGGCUGAGAAAGGUCAGUAAUUUGCGGGGUAUUUUCAGGCAUUAGUGUGAGUAUCAAAUGAAGGCUUAAUUCCAAAAGUUCUCCUGCAGCUUCUUGUCAGAGAGAAUUAGCCUAUGUGGCGGGAAUCCAGAUGUGCAAAUUUAUCAGCUGUUUAAAAGCAUGGAAGCUCAAGAUGAGUGCAACAGCAGUCUUUCCUUUGCCCAUACCGAGAGUCCCUCCCUUCAGCUUACUAACAGCGAGUAGCAAUUUGUGCUCUGGAAAACACUCUCAGCACAUACAAACAAAACAAUUUCCUUAGCCAUGCAGUUUGUAAUUGAGGGUUCAGAGUCCUGCAACCCUUGCAAAGGACAAGUUGUACUUUGUUCUUGCUGUGAGCCCCUGGUAGGUGGGACAGUGGUGGAUUCUAGCAACGGAAAACAUAUGAAAUAUGCAUACACCCAAUACGCUAUUCUUCAGCACAGUGAUACAAUUUCACUGGAAUACUUAUGUUCAGAUUUGCUGCUGUCCAGAAAAACACAUGUUCUACCCCUAAUCUUUCAAAAACAAGAGCUUAAAAAAGAAAACAACCAAAUAUUCACAGAAAUUUUCUUAAAAUGUGUUUUUCUCCCAGUUUGCUGUGUUUAGAGUUUUUUCAGAUUAUUUCAGACAAGUUUUAUUGCUGUUUUUUAAAGCAUAAAGAGGACAAACCUGAAAAUAUUCAACUUGAAGGUAAAGAGGGCAGAAAAUUAGAAGCUCCUGGUGAAUGAGAGGUUAAGAUGAACAUUGCUAUGCAACCAUGAUGUUGUCAGUUGUUACUAUUCCCUUUAGAAUAUCUAGCAUUUUUCUCCUACAAGUGAAGCUUUAAAAUACAAAUAUCACUUUUACUUUUCUUUAUCUGUUAAGGAAUUAUGUUUAUGAAGUAUAAUUGUCCCUAAUUAGUUACUCAAGAAGGAGAAAACAAUGCAGGGAUUCCUGUUUAUCUAGCCUGAAAAAGAUAAUGGGGGAGAAUCUCUAAAGGCAAGUUAAUCCCUUCAAUAUUAGAUCAAAGCACUGUGCCUACUCAAUUAUCACACAAGAUCAUAAUCACUGCAGUAAAAAGUUACACAUCAAGACGUUAUUUUUCAUGAGAUUGAUGCACACUUGAGAAAGGAUUAAAAAAAAAUCAUAUAGAAAAAAAGGACCAUGUUUAUGUGUCUCAGUAUCUGUUGAGAUGUCCUCCCAGAGAAACUGCAAGCAUCAGCUGUGUUAGACAAAGUUAGGUGAGGCUAAAGCCUCUCUUUCUUUAACACCUACUCUUCUUAAAUAAAUAAAGUCAAAUUCUACCCUCACUUAUAGUCAGUGGGGUUCUACGGAAGAUAUCAGGACUGAAUCAGAUUUACUAAAGAGAUUUUAGUGAACAAGGAUAAAAAUCCGGAGCAAACAAUGGGGUUAAAUGUUUUUACUCAGAUAAAAGUUCUUAUUGAGAAAGAAAUUGGCAAAAUCUGUCUUGAAGGUGAAAAUAUAGAAAGGAAAAAGAAAUGAAAGAGAGAGACAGAGUUGUACAGUAUAGGAUUACGUUAAGCAAGAGCUCUUAAUAUUGAUGUUUGCCACUGUGAGUGGGUUGAACUGGGUGAGGCUGAAUGUAUAUAUUCAAAAGCAUCUUUCAAACACCACCAUUGCUUGUUCAUAAGAGGACUUUCUCUCUCGUGGUAGAUUUAAGUUAAUUUCCUUACUAACUCAGAAAAGCAAUGGAUAAUAGGAGGGCUAAGUACGACCUCUUCCCUAGCGUGCUGAGCACGUUAGAGUGCAAAGGAUGAAAUUAGCUGCCUUUUUUUUUUUUUCUUUUUUCUAACUAAAAGUCAUAAUUUCAUUGGGGAGGGUUGAAGUAAUUCAGAAUAUCUUAUAGGGCUUUUGAUAUUUCAGACAAAAUGAUAACUUGUGAAAGGACUUCAACAAUGAACAAAAAAAAAGUAUAGAAACAAACCCACAUUUGGUAUUCUGGCACAUCUUUUUCUUUGAGUCUUCAGCCAGUACUGAUUAACAUUAUCUUCCAUUACCUACCUCAUUAGGCAGUGCCUUCAUCAGUGUUUUAAGAGUCUUCUCAAAGGUUAUUUGGAGAGAAAGCCUGCAGAAAAUUCUACACAUGCUAGAAGAAACCCUGGUAUAUGCUGACCAUGCCCUUCUAAAUAUAAACUCUGGUUUAGAGAAAUGCACUGAGGCCUCUUCACACACUCCAUUACGUGGACUCCUCUCUGUGACCUCCAAAUGCCCUGAUUUUCCCUUGCCUACCACAUAAUAGUCAUGUAAUACUAACCUUGACGGACUACAUAUGAAUAAGAGGCUAUUUUGAGGUUGUAAGUGCUUUAAAUUGUAAGGUUCCCAGCACACUGCUCCACAGCUGGCUUGGGAACAGAAUAAUUAACACCACAUAAGAUGUAUGCAGUUGUCUUUAUGAAAGCCCAAUCUGUCCUCAGAGACCGUUCUCCCCUGUGAGGAGGCAGCCUUGGAAAAAAGGAAAAGAACCAGAUCGUUAGUAAUGAGUUUCAUUAAUAUGGCUGUUAAAGCUACACUGCUGUCACUUGGCAAUGAUGUGCACUGUGAGCUUUACAAGCUCUGAUAUCUCCCUGGCACUUUCUGGCCAGACAAGGAGACCCAGGUCAUGCGUGUGCGACAUCAGCAGAGCACUCGGGACAAGCCAAAGACGGAUGCCUGCGCAGAGGCAGAGAAAAUAAAAUUUACACUUAUUUUACACUGCUUGUAUUUAUCAGUAGCACAGUGUUAAGAGGCAAACCCACCAGGGACAAAGCACACAAAAGUAGAUUGCUACCGUGGGCCUGUGCUUCCUCCAGGGGAGUCAGUACGUACCAGUCUCUCAAGUGAUUCUCAGCUCUGUGAAACAGAAAGACCCCAUCCCCCCAAAUAUUAUUUUAAGACAUCUUAAAAUAUUACAGAAAGACAUAAAUAGUAGGGAGAAAUUUCCAGACAUUUAUCUUCUCUGCAGCCUUGGUGUGUAUCUCCACCAAUACGCAGACAGUCCAGUGACCACCAGGACUGUGUCAGUCUUGAACCACAAGCAAACCCCACCUGCUCCUCCCAGCCUGGGCUGCCCCCCAUAAAAACACAAACCCAGUGGGUGUCUCUCCCAGGAAGCCAGGUGAUACCCCAGUCCUCCCUGAGGCAAGAGGGCUGGAUGCCUCCCACAUCCCUGAAAGUCUGGAGGUUGUAGGAAAGUCAGAACGUGUCGAACGAGCCCUGCUGCCGCUGCAAGACCAGCAGUUCCCAAUCAGCGACGGAUUCUGUUGUUCUUUAGACACCAUCUGUUGCAACAGCUGCUGGUGGCUUUCCAACAGGCUCUUUAGCACAGGUCUAAAACCAGAUUGCUCCCAGUCAACCACCUCUCCUUAUCUAACCUUGAUGAGGGAGGCUGAAGAUCACGGUCACUUUGGUCCUCUUCCCUAGGGCCUGCAAUGGCACUCGCCGCUGUAAAUGAAAGUAUCACUUAGGGACUGGGAGAAAUGAUCACCAGAGCCCUACUGGAAGAACCUGCACAUGUGGUGGGGCGUGGUGGGAGCAGGGCAGGGGAGGAGGUACCUUCUAACAGCCCCCUCACCACCAGCUGCAUCUAUGGUGGUGCCGCAAAUGGUUUGGCAUCUGCCUUCUUCAGGGCAGCCUCUCCACUGCAGAGCAGCCCCACAAGAAGCCUGACAUCUACCAGAGGCUGAGCAAUUCCCAUUUACUCCCAAAGAGCCUUUCCUCUCCUUAAAUCACACACUGCGGAGCCCACAGGGAGCGGGGCCCUGCUCGCUGCUGGUGCAGCCGAGGCUCCCCACAGGCAGGUUACGCGGAGCCCUCUGUCAGUCACUGCUCCAGGUGUGUCCAGCUGGUUCGUCCCUGCAUGCCACCAGGCACCCCCUCUAAAACGCACAGACAUCAGAGCACGUUAAGCCUGUUACCUGAAAAAUAAGUGUCCUAGUUUAAUAUUUUACUUCUCCCCUUGGCUUUUCAGCACUGUUCAGUUGUGUUUAUUUUCCUAGCAGGACUCCUGUGUAAUUUUUUAUAAAGAUGAUAAGCAUUGUCACCAGUCUGCCCUACUUUUGAGAGUUCCAUAAAAUUAAUAGUUUUACCGUAAUGAAAAAUGCAUGAAAAUGACUUUCAGCAACACAUUUUUACUACUUCUUUGUGACAGUUUUUAAAAACUUAUUUCUGAUUACCUCCUUGUUCAGAUUUUUCACAUUGUUGUGAUUCACUAUUGAAUAGAAGAUUUUUUUUUAUAAAAUCUUUGGGCAGAAUGUCACAAUUCCACUGUACCUCGAUUUAUACCGUAUGACCACACACACACAUAUAUAUAUGAAUAUCACUGUUUAAUACAUACAUUUGAAAACCUAGAGCUAUCAGACGUUUAAAACCAUCUGAAAACAAGCAAAAAGGAAACACAUCGAAACAGUGGAGAGCAAUUCCUUACUCUGGCUCCUACCUGCACUUCCAACAGUUACUUACCCUUCCCACUGCCUUCCGUUUACUUCAGAGGCGUGAAGGUACAGCAACACACAUACAGUGUUUUUCCCUGGAUUUUUAUAUUCCGAUUAUGCAACUGUGCUGCUUGCAUAACCGCACGGCUGAUAAAUGUAGGAUUUGUCUAAGGAUCAGGACAGAGCAGCGCCUGUCAGCCCGUUACGGCGGCUCCCCCCAGCCGCCCGGCUCGGGGCGCGGAGAUAAGGUGGGUGCCCGUUGUGUCAGCGCGACGUGCGCCCUUCGCAGCCCGGCCGGCAACGUUUAGCCUAAAAUAACGUUUGCAUUCAUGGCAUGAGAUAAUGUCACCAGGUCUCGGGCGGUCUCACUGAAGCACAUACGGCAGAAACCCACCCAGCUGCCAGCCGUCCCCUGUCCGGGGCUGUUCCCCAGGUCUGUCCGGCCUGAUGGCGGUGUCCCGCCCCCGCGGGGUCACCCUCCCCUUUCUCGGGGCCGGGCAGCAGCACCCGCGCCCCGCCGGGGCCGGGGCCCGCUUUGUGCUUUUUACACAGAAACGCCCCCGUCUGCUCGUCCUUACCCCCGGGCCCCGGCCGAGCCGCCGGCGGAGCGGGGCCCUGCGCGCUCGGCGCUGCCCGGGCCCGGCGCGCCCCUCGCCGCGGGGAGGGAGGGAGGCUGGGCCGGGGCGACCGCGGGGCUCUCCCGGGCCCGGCCCCCCGCAUCAAUCAUUAACGGCGGCUCGGGUGUCCGGCGCCUCCCUCACCGGGAAACCCUACCCGCGGCGGCGCGGGCGUCUCUCCCCGCUCCCCGGGCGCGCUGGAUGCGCCGCCGGUUUCCAGUUACCGCGAUGCCGGGCGGCGGGGCGGGAGGAGCCGCGGCGGUGCCGCCACUGCCCCUGCUGCAAUGAGUGAUGCUGCCGGGGGCGGUGGCGGCGGCGGAGGAGAAGGAGGAGGAGGAGGAGGAGGAGGAGAAGAAGCGCAGAGCCACCGCGGCUCCUCCGCCGGCGGCUGCGGGAGCAGCGGCUGUACCUCGCCCGGGCGGCGGCGGGGCGCGGCGGCGGGCGGCGGGCCGGGGGCGGCCGGGGGGCCCGGGGCCGGCGGGGACAGCGGCGGCGGCAGCAGCAGCAUGCCGGCGGGCGAGGGGGACAAGGAGGAGGCGGCGCCGCCACCUCGCCCUGCUGCCCUGCUGCGGUGGGACGAGGUGCCCGAGGACUUCGUGGAGUGCUUCAUCCUCUCGGGCUACCGGCGGCUGCACUGCUCGGCACAGGAGUGCCUGGCCUCGGUGCUGCAGCCCACCAACGAGACCCUCAACUUCUGGACCCACUUCAUCCCGCUGCUGCUCUUCCUCAGCCGCUUCGGGCGGCUGCUGCUGCUGCGGGGCGCUGGGGACGUGCCCUUCCACCACCCGGCCCUGCUGCCCCUCUGGUGCUACGCCUCAGGGGUGCUGCUCACCUUCGCCAUGAGCUGCACGGCCCACCUCUUCAGCUGCCUCUCCCCGCGCCUCCGCGCUGCCUUCUUCUACCUGGACUACGCCUCCAUCAGCUACUAUGGCUUUGCCAGCACCGUGGCCUACUCCUACUACCUGCUGCCAGGGCUGAGCCUGCUGGACGCCGGCGCCAUGAGCCGCUACGUGCAGCAGCAGCUGGGCUGGCAGCUGGACUGCAGCCUGCCCAUCGCGGCCUACCGCGCCCUGGUGCUGCCCGUGGCCCUGGCACUGGCCGUGGGGUGCACGGCCGCCUGCUGCCGCAGCCGCGCUGCCUGCUGCGCCUACCCCUUCGCCAUCCGCACCUUCGUCUUCGCCAUGCCGCUGAGCAUGGCCUGCCCCAUCAUGCUGGAGAGCCUCCUCUUUGACCUCCGCACCCGCAACCCCACGCUCUUCGUCUACUUCUACCGGCGCUACUGCUGGCUGCUGGUGGCCGCCUUCUUCAACGUCAGCAAAAUCCCCGAGCGGAUCCAGCCGGGGCUCUUUGACAUCGUGGGGCACAGCCACCAGCUUUUCCACAUCUUCACCUUCCUCAGCAUCUACGACCAAGUGCACUACGUGGAGGAUGGGCUGGCCGAGUUCCUCAAGGCACCCCUGGCCGCCCCCACCUACCUGGGCACAGUGGGCUAUAUGCUGCUCCUGACCCUCUGCCUGGCCGUGGUUGUCAGGAGGUUCCUCAACGUCACAGACCUCUGCAAGCAGGACUAGCUAGGCUAGCAGCCCUCGGGACAGUGACCACUGUACCAGUGACCCUUGGGCUGGAGACUCUCGAGCUGAUGACCUUCAGACUGGUGACCCUCGGGCCGGCCCUACCAUGUCCUGAAGAUGCUGUGAAACCUGGGGGAAACGCACCUGUGGAAGAGCCAGGUCCCUUUCACAGAGGGUUGCCAGAGAAAAUGACCAUGGCGGAACUGCUCGUGCUCUUUAAACUACUAGGUUACCAGGGGAAGCAAGCAAACGCUUACUGGUAUGUUGCUGCUUAGAGUAUAAGCUGAAAUAAUUUAGCUCUGCUACUAGGAAGAUUGCAUGAACUGUGAACGCCACUUACUAAUUUCAUGACAAUUAGGUUUAAACUAGCUCUGUGUAUGCAUAUAUAUAUUUAUAUAUCUAGCUAUAUAUUUAUUAGCUACAUAUAUAUGUGUAUAUAUAUGUAUACAUCUGAAGACACUCGUGCAAUGAUUACUCAUAGACUUUUAAUCAACUCCUGCGUGAAAUUUCCUGGCAGGUUAUGCACUGACAUUUAUCUUCUUCUGUGAUACUGUAACAGGCCUUUGCAGCCACAUACUGGAUUUUAAAUGCAAACAAAUCGAUAGCUAGCUAUAGUUUUUAAGGUCUUGCAGCCUAUUCAGCCAGGGAACAAUGGAUUUAACAGAGAGAGGAAAAACAGCUGUGAAUUAUUACAGAAUUACCAGUUGAUGGAGAGACUUUAAUUAGACAGGCAGUGAGCGGUUGGUGUAGCCACUCGGAUACUAAAAUAAAAUAGAGGGAUAUGUAAGAUAACUGAACCAGAAAGGGGUCAAACUAGUCUGGAGCGGGGGCGGGGAGAGAAGGGCUCUGCAUAAUGGCAGGGCUCUUCCCCCAGCACGUCAGGAACAUCUGUCGCGUUAAGGGGGUUGCUAAGGGGCCCCUUUAUCUUCCCUGGUAAAUCACCCCCAGAUCAGCCCUUUGGAGUCAAAGUCAGAUGCCAGACUUUCUAUAAGCCCCUGCCAAGCUUGGUGGGAGUUCUGUGGAUGUAAAGAGAGUAACUGAUGCAUGAGAUCUCAUUCUGGACCUUAUAAAGAUUACAUGGAACUGGUUUCUUCUGGUCUUUAAUUAGAGCACCCUGUCAGAUUUACCAUCCUAAAAUUAGUUGCAGAAGAAGGUGCUGCUGAAUCUGAGUUCAGGACCUGAGAUCUGCCUCUACAGGUACUGGAUACUGGAUACUUUCUCAUCAUUCCCCACCUUUUCCUAUUCUGAUUAGUUGUGGCUGCAGCGGGGUAUUUUGAAAUCCUCUUUCAGAAGCUUUGGGGGGGUUCAAAAACAAGAACUGUGAGAUAUUUUCCAAAGCAGUAUCUUUUAACAGCAACCCAGGUAUUAUCCUUCUCACAUGACAAACAGCUAACUAUAGAUUGCACUUACUCUCUAUAUAAAGAGACGUCUUUGUCAACUGUGUGCAGACUUUAGACAGAUGCAUCUUGAUUUUGUCUGACAGAACAAGUGAGAAGUGUGCAAUAAUAUUACACAAGGGGGUUACAACUUGAGGUUCAGGUGAGAAACUGCUUGUAUACCCCAUUUCCAAAAAGAAGGGUAGUACUUCCUUAGGAAACGCUGGUGUUACACUGCACGGUAGUAUAGUGGCUCUUUAACAGCCUCUUUGCCCUUAUUGUGGAAAUACUUUUCUGCUUGGGUCUUUCCCAUUUUCAUGGACAUGGCAUCCAAACCCCAAAAAAAUGUUUUGAGUCUAGUCCCAUAGUCUUCUGUCAGACAAAGCCCCCUUUGUUUGUAAUGGGAAUAUAGGAAAGACUAUAGCUCGGGAUUAUGAGGUCGAAUCCUUAAUAUGGGUCAGAAUCAUCACAGAAACAGAAAAUUGAUAUGUCCUGUACCAGUUGUCAGCUUUGUGAAAAUUUCCCUAUGAAUGGGCAUAAGCUAAAAGAAAAUUACACCCACUUCAUUUUAUCUUUUAUCUCAGCCCAUUUUAACUGUAAUGGUUUGGAUCUUUCAGAUUCUCAGUGAAUGAUGAUAAUGGCCUAACAAAAAUAUGUAUUCUUUGCCAGCCACAAUUUUGCUAGUAUAUAAUCUGUGGCAGGGUCAUGUGUCGUCACUUAAAGAGAUUGGCUAGAAUUUUCUGAAACAGCAGUUCCCAAACUGUGGCCUCUUGAGUUAUCACCGAUGGGCCAUAAAAACCAGCAUGGCCCUGUGUGGCUGCCUGUGUUCUGUUUUCAUUCAACAACAUGCAUUAAAAGAAAACUAAAACUACAUGAAGAAUUUUUAAUUGUACAUAUUUUCAUUAACUUUUGUCAUAAAUAUGGCAUUGCUUUAUUCAGCUGCCAAUAAAGCAGAAAAUGAUCUGCACCACUGGGAGAGGAGGCUGGUCACAACUCUGUUACGCUUUGAAAUGUGCUUUAUAUUGUGAAAACAACCCUGAAAACUCACAAUAGAAAGCAAAUGGAUCAAGACCUGCAACGAUGUCAUCCUAUGAAUUUCCACAACUGCAAAAAGAGGCCAAAAUCUUUGAGAUGUGCUGUAUUCAUGUUAAAAUAAUAGAGGCAUAGUAGUUAGAGCCCAAUGACUCAUCCCAGUUUCAAAACUAAUUAUGGAGAGAGGGUUUGCCUGGGAGAUGCCACUAGCAUGUCCAACCAGCAAUUAAAAACUAAGGAAGAAAUCAAAAAGGCCAGGGAAAGCAAAUCUUAGCACUAGAAGACAGCUCAGAAACAAGCAACAGUAAAAGACAAAUGUAAAAAAAGGCUUUUAAAGCAUACUGUAUAAUUAAUUAUAUUUGUGCCUGUCAGUCACAAUGUAGAGGACAUCUCAAGAGGCAAUGUCAAAAAAAGCUGUUGCUAACUUGUAAAAAUACAUUUGAUAUUUGCAGUUAGGCCACGCAGGGUCGUCUAUAUAUAUCUCAACGACAGAUAACAGUAUAAAGGUUGGAUUGCAACCAACUGCAAUUUUACUGGAAUCUUACUGCAGUUAUAAGAGUUGCCCAGGCCGUGAGCCCCUGUCACGCUGCAGAUUUGGUACCUGGCUCUGAUAUUAAGAAUAUUGCUUCAUUCAAAAGUUUCUUUUUGGCAAAAUGUUGAGGCACAUGUAUGGGCCUGAGCACUUCAUGGAAUUAUUUGUAAAUGCUGGUUGCAAAUACUGCUCUCUGAGCCACUGUAAGCAGGCUGUGUGACUCAGGAGUGAAUGGGUACAGGGAGGUGUGAUUAGAUUUUAAGAGUUCUAAUUAAUGUUAUGUUUGUUUGCUUGUCUGUUUGUUUAAAAUGUGUCUACAAAUUAAAAAGUUACAAUAAGUAUGGAGGAUAUCUAGGGAAAUGCUACCUGAGUGUCGGUGUUUAUUCAGUGAAGGACAUGUAUGUAGAUUAUUGCUCCAUUUGCCAUGUCCGAUUGCCAGUCUCCAUAGACAUGGACAGAACAAAAAUGAGUUAAAGAGGUUAAAAGUGGAACAAGGUAUCUAUUAACUAUAGUGCUUGCAUUUACUUGUGUAGAAGUGAAUGUCACGCUUUGUGUGGCUUGUAAGGGAGCAGGAUCUCUUUUUGGUGUGAAAGCACACAUGGCUGAACAUCGAGAGCACGUCCAGAGCUCAGACAGGAGGUCUAACCUGCGGACCAGACCAUAAGGACAUCCUAGAAAACAAACUUUUUUGCGAAGUACCUGUCAUAAUGUUUUUACUGCCUGGGUACCUGCCAUAAGAUCUACGCUGUGGACUCCACAGCUCAUCUUUAAAACAAAAAAGACCUUUCAGGCUUUUUGUGGUAGAAUCUGUGUGGGGACAGAGGUUGCGGUGAAGACUGGAGCACAAGGGGAUGACCUGAAAACGCCUACGUGUCUUUCCAUCUUUGGCCAACGCUGACCUUCAGACUGACAUACCUGUGCCAGUGUGAACUGACUGUUGAUGGGGCCAUUCCCGGAGUGUUGGUGGCACAGACACCCCCCCUCGCAAUCAGGAUGUGCCUAGAACUGCAGUCUAAGCAUUGGCAUAUGUUCAAUAAGCCCAGCUUCUGGGCACUUCCGAGUAAUCUGUAAGCUUCACGCUCAUCUUCGUGUAAGACUGAUACACCUGAUCUGCAGUAUUAUCUCAUAUUCUGUGGCGAUGCGCUAUUUCUUCUUCUGUAGUGUAUUCAUUUGAAUGUCACUAUCCAGGAUAUCUGUGCAGCUCUGAGCUGCUUCGUUAACAAGACUGGAGUCUGCAGUCUGGAAACAAAGGGACAGGUUUCAUCUGCAUGCUGCACUUACAGAAAUUUAGUAGUUAAAAGUAGAAACACAUUGUUUUUUUCUAAAAUGAUAGUUUUCCUUAGUUGUCCAAGUGUUGUGCUUAUUAUUUAUUUGCUGAAUCCAGCUACUAUGUUGGGUUUUUGCCAAGAGUGCACCUGCAGAAAAUGACAGUAUGAAAGUUUUACUUCAUGUUUAAGUAAACUCUGAGGCAGCACAUUCAUAAAGUAUUAUUGCACUUAACUCAGUUGAUUACCAUCCACAUGCCUUACAGAAGCAAAUCAUACCUGUAGUAAUUGCCCAGAUUAUACUGUUUUUCAUUGCCUGUGAGAGUAAAAAUGACCAAGUGGCCAGUAACAAGCUGAGGAGUCAGGCACUCCUGGCUUCUUGUCCCUGCUUUGCCACUACCUGUUCCAUAAUCUAGGGCAAGUUGUUUAAACUGUGUUCAUUUUGAAUGAAUUUAAUUCAUGUAAAACACUGGAAUUGUACCAGGGUUGAAUCUGACCCUCUGUCUCUCAGUUUCCACAUCUGUAAGAUGGGGAGAAUAUACCUUACCUACCUCGCAGGGUUGCUCUGAAGACUAGCUAAUGUUUGUAAAGCACUUAAAAAUGCAAAGACCCUCCUAGGUGCUAAGAAGAAAUAUUACUGAACUCCGGCAGAGAAUGUUAAUAUUUUUCUGUAGCUCCUCAUCUCACAGGGAGAACACCACGAACGUUUCUAGAUCAUGAACUCUUGGGACAGACCCUCAUCAUCGCCAUACUCCGAGGAGGUUCACAUCCUGUGUCCUUUGGAGCUGAUGGCAAAAUUUCCACUGGCUUCAGGUGGGGGCAAUAAAGACCUAGGCAGUAGUAAACAGCCUGAUUAAAUGCUUAAGGGUCAGGAGUAAAGAGAAAACAUACAUGAGUUACGUACUCUUCAGAAAUUCUCACUGGUGACUUGUACAGAGGGGCACUGUAAUGCUGACAUGAGGCCUCAUUGUUCGUUUAGCCAUGGAUUGUAUUCCAGUUACUGUGAAACAACGGAGUGGGAUUUCCCAUCGGUGUCUGUAAGACUAUGGUUAUGUCUCAAGUGCCAUUGGGAAUUUCAACCUACUUCAAGCUACUUCUUAUCAGAAUAAAAAGACCUUAAACGAAUGAAGGUUUUAAAUAAACAUGUGUAAUCAUUUGGGAACAUAAAAUUAUAUUGAUCAGACAAACAAUUUUCUCUUUUCCCUUCUGGUUCCCCAAAAUCAACAUGGAGCCAGUCCUGUUCUUGAGCAGAAACUGAACUUGGAUCUUCUUAGCACUUACGUGUAACUCUUCCUUUGCCGUGGAGCCCUGACUAAUCAUCCUGCUAACCCACUCUGCCCUUCUCCUGGAAGGACCGAUAUAAACAGCACCAUUGAGUAGAGGACAAUAUUUUUAAGAGCUUUUAUGACUGGCAGCAGUAGUAGAGACAAAAAAAAAAAAGACAACAAAGACAUCAAAGAGUUUGAGUGGUUCGUUAAGUCAAAGCCUCUACCAUUAGAAAUUCGCCCUACCUGAGUAUAUUCCUAGCUUCUGUUAGACACCUGUAAGUCAGGGCUACACAACCAACACCCAAUUUGCAGCUGAGACUUUACCCUCUUCUCCUCAGAUGAGAUGCAAGAUGCUGAAGUGUCACAUGCACUGAAAGACACAGACCUCCAUUCAAGUUGUUCAGUGUCUUGGAGCUGGGUGUGGAAUAAAGUUAAAUUAUUUUCACAACUUGCUUAGACAGAUGCUGCUUCAUUCCACCAAAUUCAGUAAAAAAUUCAUGACUAAGACAAAGGAAGCAGGCUUUUGCUCAAAGUUCCGUGUUAGGAAACACCACCAGCAGCAUUCUGCUUUCAGGACAAUUGCUUCCUGGCCAUACUCAGAACUUGGAGGAUUCUGAAGUAGGGCUUCGCUAUUUCAUGUCAACGCCUUAGGAGUUGUGGUUGUAGCGGGGGGUUAAUAGCAUGGAGAAACAGUUUAUAGCAAGUCAAUUCUGUCUGCUAGAGAUUCAAGCACGCUUUAGUAAGAGGUAUCACAUUUAAGGGUCUGUGCAUGCAAUGAACAAAAAGUGUGAAUUUUGUUUGGUUCUGUUGGGAGGGUUUGAAAAUUUACUCUUUGUACUCUUUUGGAUGCUGACUACUGUAUAUGUAAUGACUAUGCAUUUUUAGCAAAAAAAAGGUGUGAUCUAUAAAUAAAGUUGUUUCUGAGUACA